CACUCUAAGAUGGAUGCAAAAGCCACGCUGUGGGGUUCCAGAUAAAAUCAAAAGUGCCACAAGGUCACGGAGGAGGAGAUACGCACUGACGGGGCAGAAGUGGCAGCGGACCCACAUAACCUACAGCAUAAAAAACAUCACACCAAAGGUGGGUGCCCGAGAGACUCAUGAUGCCAUACGGAGGGCAUUUGAUGUGUGGCAGGGUGUGACUCCUCUGCGUUUCGAGGCCGUUCCGUACAGCGCCCUGGAGACGGGCAGGCGUGAUGUGGACAUCACCAUUAUCUUCGCCUCUGGCUUUCAUGGUGACAGCUCGCCCUUCGAUGGGGAGGGAGGAUUCCUCGCCCAUGCCUAUUUUCCUGGGCCUGGCAUAGGAGGGGACACCCACUUUGACUCAGAUGAGCCUUGGACCCUUGGAAAUCCCAACCAUGAUGGCAAUGACCUGUUCUUGGUUGCGGUGCAUGAACUUGGCCACGCACUCGGUCUGGAGCACUCAAAUGACCCCACUGCUAUCAUGGCUCCCUUCUACCAGUAUAUGGACACUGAGAACUUCAAGCUACCUCAAGAUGACCUGCAGGGCAUCCAGAAAAUAUAUGGACCACCAGAUAAAGCUCCUCAGCCCACCAGCCCUCCACCUACAGCUCCGCCUCCUCGUUUCCACCUUCCCUCAGACCCCCGGAAACACGACCGCCAUGCCAGACCCCAUCGCCCUCCUCAGGGCUCCAAACCGUCUAACCCCAACUCCAAACCGAACAUCUGCGAUGGAGGCUUCAACACUCUGGCCAUCCUCCGACAGGAGCUCUUUGUCUUUAAGGACCAAUGGUUCUGGCGAGUACGGGACAAUUCAGUGGUCCCAGGUUAUCCCAUGCCGAUCAACCACUUCUGGCAAGGCUUGCCCCCUAAAAUCGAUGCUGUGUAUGAAAACAGUGAGGGGAAGUUUGUCUUUUUUAAAGGAAACCGUUUCUGGGUGUUCAAGGAUCGGCAUCUUCAGCCUUCCUACCCUCAGGAUAUCUCUUUGUUUGGGAGCGGCAUGCCAACACAGAGUAUCGAGACGGCUGUCUGGUGGGAAGAUGUGGCCAAGACAUACUUUUUCAAAGGAGACAGAUACUGGAGGUACAAUGAAGAAAUGAGGACAAUGGAUCCAGGAUACCCCAAACCUAUCACCAUCUGGAAGGGCAUCCCUGACUCUCCACAGGGUGCUUUUGUUGAUAAAGCAAAUGGUUUCACUUACUUCUACAAAGGAAAGGAAUAUUGGAAAUUUAACAACCAGCUUCUCCGUGUGGAGCCUGGCUACCCUAGAUCUAUCCUGAGGGACUUCAUGGGCUGCGACGGCCUUCCAGCCGACCCUGACUGGGGCUGGAAUCCUCCUGCGGCUGAUGAACGGCACUGCGACAACAACGACGUGGAUGUCGUAAUCAAACUGGACAGUGUAGGGGGUACAGAGAAGGCUGUGGCCAUUGCUAUUCCCUGCGUCCUGGCCCUAUGCAUGAUGGUCCUUCUCUACACUGUUUUCCAGUUCAGGAGAAAGAGCACGCAGCGGCACAUACUGUACUGCAAGCGCUCCAUGCAGGAGUGGGUCUAAAGGGACUAUUGCUGUAUAGAGACAUGUGUGGAGCUCUCACAGAGGCCUAGUUGUUGCCUAAAGCCCUAAAAUUAAAAGGACUGUAAAGAAAUACAGUACAAGGGUUGCAGCAUUUUGGCAGAUCUCAGAACCCCUGGAACUUGACAUGUGAGCUGCAAGGGAGGAAAACUAUCAGCUGACCUCAGUCGAAGACAGUGGCCGAGCUUCAUCUUCUUUGUCCUACUAAUCUGUAUGUAUCUGCUUUGAUUUUUCUUUAGAGACAGAAACAAUGUUCCGAAAGUGGGAUCUUUGUUAAUCCCUAUCUCUGCACGCUGCUUAAAAAGCCCCUAGCACUAACUUCAGAGGACAAAUUAAAUCUAGGCUUCUACUCUUCUUAAAUCAAUCGUCCUGGGUUCUUUAUUUUUUUCUUUAGUCUAGGAGACAAAAUUUACCGUGAGGAGAUCAGAAUAUUAUAUAUAAACCAAAUAUGACCUUUUCUUCCAAAGAGGAAUACAACUUGAUGUUGUUACAAUCGGAUAUUCUUCCUCUGUGGAUCUAAUGUUAUGGAUUUUCUUUCGCUGUUACCAUUCACACUUACUCAUCCUCUCUGUAAGGACAACAAGAAGGAGCAGAAGAAACUCAUGACUGGUGUGGCAGUCUUCUCAACAAGGCCAAAAUAAUGAAAAACAAAAAAAAACAAAAACCACUCUGCAAUAUCAAUGAGACUGCCUUAAUCACAGAUUGCUUCAAUCCUUUCUCCUUCUGUUUCACCGGUGUGGAGGAGGGAUACUGUAACACAGCAGCAAGACAGAAAAUGUGUGUUGAAGUCAUUGCUACUGCCCAAGAUCAGCUUUCACUUGCACCCUAACAAGAGACAGAGAGGGGAGAUCUGAUAUUAGUCUGUUUGUAUGUGUGAAAGAAUGAAUAAUCACCCUUAUUUUGUAAGUGCUGAGCUCUGCUGUUAUUUAUCAUUUUCUAUGUUGCUUCACUUAUUUUAAACCACUUUAAUAACUUUUUCCUCAAAGUGUGCCAAAUAAGGCCAUACGUAGGCAUGGGCCGGUUACCACUAUUGAACUUUACACCCCUCCAAUGGUUGCUAACUGAAAGAGGGCUACAACACUUUCCUUUCGACAAGAAAAGUAUCUGUAAAUUUGGCUGCUUAGAAAUAAUUCUGGUUGAAAAACAAAUUUACAACCUUGGCAUUGGAACUGAGGGACCACCCCAUUCACUAUUAUCAAUCUAACAAUGUCCUGAAACUUAACAUGUCAAACUUUAAUUAAGUCCACUGUUCCCCUUACAGAAGUGGAAUCUAAACUUUUUAAUAAUAACAGAGUGGUUUAUUUUGUCAUUUUACCUGCUAAACAUUGACAAAAAUCGUCCACCAUCUUGGUGUCCAUAUGCCUCCACUGCAUGUGGUGAUAGGAUGAAUUUAUGCUACUCUUAAAAGGAAAGGUGAGGCCAUACAAAUUCCUUACAACAGAAACAAAUUACCCACAGGCUGCACUUUAGACGCCACUCGCUUAAGGGCAGAUUAGACUUCUGCAAACGCACAUGUCAAAUGUCGCAAACGAGUUUUCCUGUUAUGCUUCUGCACCGUCGUUCUGGAAUUUCUAGGGACGCACAGAAGUUUCCCGCCAAAGUGCAAGGGGGAGCCUAUUCGAGAAGCGAGAACUUCGGCGGAUGGUCACAAGAACUUUGUUUUGACAGAGACCUUGGUCUUUUUGAUAAAUUGUCUGAGGCAUCGUACAAAUGGUUGUACUUCUGAACCUCCUUGAUUAACUUUUCGUCGUAGUUGUCCAUUGUAGUUGUUCCUCUGUUUGGCGCCCCUGCACCGAAUCAGGAAGGACCGACCACACAGACAGCCGGAAAGGCAUACCAAGGACCAAUCACAGCUGCUUUUUGUCAGCGCACUUCCUCUUGAGGUCUGCUCGGGUUUGCGACCGUCCGACACGUAGUCAGGGUUUUUUUGAGGUGCAUGACCACGCCCCUGCAGAGGUUCUGCAACCGUUGUCACACAGAGACAGACUUGACUGUUGCAGAGGCUAUGUGUCAAAAGCAUAAACUGGCCUUUAGGCUGCUGCAGACUAAAGGCCAGGUCACAUCACUUGCGUCUGACACUGCAAGCUUUUCAUUUUUGUCCCAGUUUCCCACAAAUUGAAGAAAUGUCUGUCUAUAAAUAUGUCUAUGUAAAUUCAACAUCCAUUUUUAAAUGUAAAAAACACAUAGAUGCAAAGCCUGUGUUAAUAGAAGAAAAGAAAUCUCAUGGAAACUUGCAGAGCUGGACGAAUGUGGGUGACCUGGCCUUAAGAUGUCUUCAUUAGGUCUGUGCAUAACGAAUAAGCCCUGCUGCAUUUCUCCCGUUCUAUCUGCACUAUACACAUUUGUGGAAAGUACGG